AUGUCGCAGUCUCACGCAUUAUCCGACGACCAGGUCGGACAGGAGCUGAAGAAGAUGACGGCCUUCAUCAAGCAAGAAGCAAUGGAGAAGGGCCGCGAAAUCGAAAUAAAAGCAGAUGAAGAAUUCGCUAUUGAGAAGUCGAAGCUUGUUCGCCAGGAAACUUCCUCAAUCGAUACAGCAUACGAGAAGAAAUUUAAGGCCGCUCAGAUGUCACAGCAAAUCACCCGUUCCACCGUAGCCAACAAGACCCGACUAAAGGUGCUCUCCGCCAGACAGGAGCUGCUAGACUCAAUAUUCGAGCAGGCGGAGAAGAAAUUGACAGAUGCGACCAAGGAUAAGGGAAAAUACACUACCAUUCUGAAGAACCUGAUGUUGGAAGGCUUUUAUGCUCUGAAUGAGUCCAAGGUGCAGGUUAGAGGGCGCAAAGCGGAUUAUGAUUUGCUCAAGAAGGCUAUCGAGCAGGCCUCGAAGGAGUACAAGGAGAAGGUGGGCAAAGAGAUUUCGGUGUCGAUUGAUGAGGAGAAUCCUCAGCCUGAGGGAUCUGCUGGUGGUCUGUCGAUUGUUGGUGGUGGUGGAAAGAUUGAUAUCAACAAUACAUUUGAGGAACGACUGAAGCUGCUUCAGGACAAUGCUUUGCCAUCUGUAAGAACGACACUAUUUGGCAAGAAUGAGAACAGGAGGUUUUAUAAUUAG